AUGGCUCCUCCAGUCCCUGGACUCGAGACGUUUGAAAGUUCACCAUCACUUAGCUUUCUCCUGGAGCAUCCAUCGGGGAGAAAAUUGGUGUGGGAUUUAGGAAUUCGCAAGGACUUCCACAAUUAUUCCAAAGCAAUCGCGGACUACAUUCCGACUACCAACUAUGACAUUCAAGUCACGAAGAAUGUGGUCGAUAUUUUGGAGGAGAACGGUAUCACAGGUUCGGAGAUCGAAGCUGUGAUAUGGAGUCACUGGCAUUGGGACCACAUUGGUGAUCCGGCGAGCUUUCCCCCAUCUACCGAUCUCAUUGUUGGUCAGGGGUUCUCUGAAGCCAUGCUGCCUGGCUAUCCAGCAAAUCCUGCAUCCCCAAUUCGUGAGAGCGACUACAGCGGGCGAAGGCUUCGAGAGAUAGAUUUCAAAGGUGUAGACGGCGUCAUACGGAUUGGGCAGUUCCCAGCCUUUGAUUACUUUGGCGAUGGCUCGUUCUAUUUACUCGACAGUCCAGGACACGCAUCUUUCCGGGGACGAGAGACAUCCGAUACAUUGUACGACAUGACAUUUGGACAUGAUAUUCCUCUAGCAACGAAAACCAUGCAACAGCUACAGGAACUUGAUUGUGCAGAGAAUGUGUUUGUCAUAAUUGCCCACGAUUCAACGGUCAGGGAUGGGGUGGCGCAUUUCCCACAGUCACUGAAUGACUGGCAGGCUAAAGGCUGGGGCAAGCAGUUAAAGUGGGCCUUUCUCCGUGAUCUAGAACCAUACUUCCGGUCAAAGGAGCUCUAG